ACAUUUUCUUUGUUACCUUUUUCACUCACUCCAUUCACCCUUUUCCCUCUCCGCUCCGUCGCACCAAACCCUAACCCUCGUUCUCCGCUCGCCGACGAUGGCCUACAACUACGGCUCGAGCUACGCCGGCACCGGCUCUGCAUCAGGGCUUUCGUCCUACUCCUCUCGCCACUCCGGCGCUCAAGACCCAUACAUCCCCCAAUCAGCCACCAUCUCCUCCUCCCGCUAUCACGCCUCCGAUUCGGAUGCUUCCAAGUAUUCAUCCUCCGUAUACGUGCCCCAGUCUAGUUCUGACAUCGCCGCGGCUGUGAAGGUGGCGGCGUCUGCGCAGGCGUCGUGGGGUGAUAAGUUGGGAUCUGCGUCUGUUGUGGAUCCGUCGAGUGUCAAGAGACUUUCGGAAACUCUCUACCACCAGACUUUAUUGGGAACUCAUAAUUCUAUUGGGCAAAGCGAGGCUUUAUAUUCUGCAAAUUCAUUAAUCAAACGACCUAGGCUUGAAACUGGAAGCAUUCUGCCUAUAUAUCCUCAACGACCAGGAGAAAAGGAUUGUGCUUACUAUAUGUUGACAAGAACCUGUAAAUUUGGAGAUACUUGCAAGUUUGAUCAUCCACUUUGGGUUCCUGAGGGUGGAAUUCCAGACUGGAAGGAGAUUCCGGUUUGUCAUACGAAUGAGCCUCUUCCUGAGAGACCAGGAGAAGCAGAUUGCCCAUACUACCUGAAGACUCAGAGGUGCAAGUAUGGAUUUUCGUGUAAGUUUAAUCAUCCGAAAGACAAAGCGAAUGCAUCUUCAGUUGAGUAAUGUGACAAUUCUGUUUUACCUGAGAGGCCCUCUGAGGCAAUUUGUGCGUUCUAUGCCAAGACUGGAACAUGUAACUUUGGUGCUACGUGCAAAUUCCAUCAUCCAAAAGAUAUUCAAAUUCCUUUGACUGGACAUGUUAAUGGUCACACAGGAUAUGGUGAACUUGCCUUGAUGUAUAAUCGAGCAAGUGUUCCUGCUCUGAUGCAUAACACAAAGGGUCUCCCGAUACGGCCGGGUGAAUCUGAUUGUCCAUUCUACAUUAAGACUGGAAGCUGCAAAUAUGGUGCUGCAUGCCGCUUCAAUCACCCCGAAAGAAACUUUGCUUUUGGAUCUGCAAUGUUUCCUUCUGCUGCAACUAGUCUACCGUUUGGAAUCUUAAAUUCGGCUGCCAAUAUUAUGCAAACCAUCGAUCCACGCCUGACCCAAGCAACGCUUUCAAUGGCUAUAUACCCCCAAAGGCCUGGGCAGAUAGAAUGUGAUUUCUAUAUGAAAACAGGGCAUUGCAAGUUUGGAGAUAGAUGCAAGUAUGACCACCCACUCGAUCGGUCAGGAUCAAUAUCCGCAGCGAACCAGGCAGGUCAGCUAAAUGUUAAGCUUACCCUUGCUGGGCUUCCAAGAAGAGAGGGUUCAACUGUCUGUGCCUAUUACAUGAAGACCGGGACAUGCAAAUUUGGCCCAACAUGCAAGUAUGAUCAUCCACCACCUGGAGAAGCAGUUGCCAAGGCAACUGUUCACGGAAACCAACAAGAGGAGAUGGAAAAUACGGGUGAGGAGAAGACAGCUGUGGUUUAACCUGUUUAAUUAAUGUGUGGAUUUUGCCACAUUUAGCUAUGUUGGGUGGACUUUGUUUUAGCAGUUCUGCUGCUUGUUUUAUUUUGAUUAUGCUAUUAAGCCCCAUUUUGGAUCUCUUCGUCAUAGCUACUCCAUCUUUUCUUCCCUUUUAACUAUCACAAAGUAAUUCGUUUUGUCCGCAUCA